GCACUCUCCCGGCGACUCGCGGCUCGCUCCUUCUCCCGGCUCAUAGCCGUGCCGAGCCCAGGAAUGGGAGAGCCAGACCGUACCCGAGUUAUUUAUAGACUCGUGCCAGCUGUUUUUUGAUUCCGCUCGUGUGCGCUGUUGGGAAAUGCGUUUUGCCUCUCGUUCUUCCAGCCCUCUUCAUGCCUUUCUUGGGGAGCGGGUUUGGUCGCCCUCAGCCCCCUCUCAUCAAAUACUGAUGUUUUUUUUUCCCCUUCAGGAGGGGGACGCUUUGGGAAUAAUCAUGCUUCACAGAGGACCGGCACCGACCUCCAGUUGCUCCAAACACCAUCUCCUCCACUAGGGCUCCGGGAAAAGAGUCAUGAUAAGAAUCUAUUUCUUCUUUUUUUUUAAUAUAUAGAUACAUACAGAAAUAGGCACGAGGAAUGCUUGCUGGGGAGCCUGCUGCAUUUUACGAUCCUUGCCGCACUCUCUGAAGCGAAGCUCUUCUCCCUUUCCAUUUGCACCACUCGGAGACACGAGAUUUCCAGAUUUUUUUUUUUUUUACUGCCAAAUAGGAUUUUUUUUCUUUGUCUUUCCACCUGCUUGUCCCCCGACCCUUAUUCUUCUUAUGUGGAUAUGCAAGCAAGAAGAGGAGACUGGAUAUUCCCAACAUGCUCACUCCCUUAAUCUGUCCAUCUAGAGGUUCUGCUUCUACAAACCAAGGGAGUGUAAGAGCUGAAGAUGAGGCCCAGGGCAGAGUGCUAUUCUCCACAGUUUUGGCUGGUGUUGGCAGUCCUAGCAACAACGGGUGGUGGGGCCCAUGCCCAGAAGAGCCACCCCAGCAUUGGUGUUGCUGUCAUUCUCGUGGGUACCUCAGACGAAGUGGCCAUCAAGGAUGCCCACGAGAAAGAUGACUUCCAUCACCUCUCAGUGGUGCCCCGGGUCGAACUGGUGGCCAUGAAUGAGACAGACCCCAAGAGCAUCAUCACUCGCAUCUGUGACCUCAUGUCAGACCGGAAGAUUCAAGGUGUGGUGUUUGCUGAUGACACAGACCAGGAAGCCAUUGCCCAGAUCCUGGACUUCAUUUCUGCCCAGACCCUCACACCCAUCCUGGGCAUCCAUGGAGGCUCCUCCAUGAUCAUGGCAGACAAGGAUGAAUCAUCCAUGUUCUUCCAGUUUGGCCCAUCAAUAGAACAGCAAGCCUCUGUCAUGCUCAACAUUAUGGAAGAAUAUGACUGGUAUAUCUUCUCCAUUGUCACCACCUACUUCCCUGGCUACCAGGACUUUGUCAACAAGAUUCGCAGCACCAUUGAGCACAGCUUUGUGGGCUGGGAGCUGGAGGAGGUUCUCCUGCUGGACAUGUCCCUAGAUGAUGGGGACUCGAAGAUCCAGAACCAGCUCAAGAAGCUACAGAGUCCUGUUAUCCUCCUCUACUGCACCAAGGAAGAGGCAACUUAUAUCUUUGAGGUAGCCAACUCUGUGGGUCUGACAGGCUAUGGUUACACAUGGAUCGUGCCCAGCCUGGUGGCAGGCGAUACAGACACAGUGCCAUCUGAGUUCCCCACUGGGCUCAUCUCUGUCUCAUAUGAUGAGUGGGACUAUGGUCUUCCUGCCAGAGUGAGGGAUGGGAUAGCCAUAAUCACCACGGCUGCCUCUGACAUGCUAUCUGAACACAGCUUCAUCCCUGAGCCCAAGAGCAGCUGUUAUAACACCCAGGAAAAAAGGAUAUACCAGUCCAACAUGCUCAACAGGUACCUGAUUAAUGUCACCUUUGAAGGGAGGAACUUGUCCUUCAGUGAGGACGGCUACCAGAUGCAUCCCAAGCUGGUCAUCAUCCUUCUGACCAAGGAGAGGAAGUGGGAGAGGGUGUGUCACUAGGGAUUCAGGUCACCUCUCUGAGCAGAUGCUGACAGCGCGCUUCCCCCAUCCUCUUCCUGCCUCCCGUGUGCCACCACCACAGCCCUCUGAUUUGCAGGCUGCUUGUAGUAUUUAUUUCUGCUGCACAGUCUAAGAUCCUCCUGCUUCUGCAAAACAAGAUGUUACCUCUGAGUUGUUAGAUGUUACAGGCUGCUCAAACUCCUAGAUGACUUAGUACACACAUGGGUUGAUCUAGGAUUUUGAAAAGGAGGGUGCAGAUAGUGUAGCCCAUGAUCACAUAUAACACAACACAUUUUUUUCAGUUAAAGAGAAACUAGAUGCUUUGCUAAUAUGCUAGGGGGUGAGUACUAGAUUAUGCAGUUUAAAAUCAAAGCAAAAACAAAUAUAACUAUUGGAAUGUGCAUUCAUUAGCUAUAUCCUUUAUAAAGUUAAAAAAACACAACAGACUAGGCCAAAAAUAGUCAAAAGGUAUUGUGUCAUUAGUCCUGUAGUCAUUAUAGUUAAAUGUGCAUGUUUUCAGUUUAAAAAAAACAAUACCAAACAAACCCUAGUCUUCUUGAGUGUCUUGACAGUGUAUUUAAUACCCCAUUGGCCAUUAAAAAGGAGAGAGGGUUAUUAACACAUGUUCAGUGGAGAGAGAUUAGCAGGAAUCAGGGAGAUGAUAAUGAGCUAUGAAGUCAAUUGACUGCCUGAUUAGAACUGCCACUGCCCUCCCAGGCAGUUGGUUUUAAAGUUUGGGUGGAGCAGGAAUACACAGACAGGUGUGUUGCCCAGGGGUCAUUAGUCAGGACCACCAUAGCCAUUAGGCCCACACAUCCUGAUGCAAAUUAAAAGCUUGUUCUUCCUUUAUGCAUGUCUGGACCCAUCUCUCAGGGCAGCUGUAAAGCUGGCACUUCUGCCACUGAUAGGACCUUGGCCCCUAAGGCAAGUCUAGGGAUGAUGCUGCCCAGAACUUCAUCAGGAACAGCAUUGCCAAGCAUGUUACCAAGGCUGCUGCUUCUGAUUCAUAGUUGCAUCCUCAUCUCUUAGGUCAGCUUCAAGGCAGUACUAGCAGCUCCUAACAUGUAUCUGGGCUGUUUCCUUGUAGGCCAAUGCAUGCAAACUGACAGUACUCAUAUGGAUCUGUGGCUCUGUGGGGCUAGCACUUCAUGAUAUGCCUCUGGUGCUUGGCAAAUGCAUCUUGUCUGUCAGUGCAGUUUUGGUGCAGGUGCAGCACUAAGUGUUCCUAUCUCCAGCCAACAUCCUUGUUAACCAAGAGCCUUUAGAAUCUGCACACCUUAACAGACAUUUGGGGUUUGUCCCCUCUGUGUACUUCAGCAGCUCCAGAUCAGUUCUAACUUACAGGUCUGGAAUCUCCUUUCUUAUUGAAAUUGCAACAGCUGAUAUACUGUAGGUAUUCAAUAUUCCAGAUGUUGGGUGUCUGCUAAUAGAAAAACAAUUCUCACAAGAUGCCAAGCAUCCUGCCACCUACUACUUCUGAAACCCAGGUGCUUUUCAAAGAUGGUGCUGCUUUGUUACCCCUCAGUGCAAGUCUACAUGUUCUCAACUUUUGGGCUUGUACUUCUUAAAUGUUGGAAUAACCAACAGAUGAUGAAAUACUUGUAGCACUGCUAUUUCUACAGUUGUCUGAGAUUUUGCCUUCUGAAUCCUUGAAAGCUAAUCAGUAGCAUUCAGGAUGUGUGCAUUCUCUUUCCUCCUGAAAUCAGCACAGCUGUGGUUAGAGGCUCCUACACAAUCAGCUAGUAAGCUAUUCUUUUGCAGCCUUUGCACUUGCUAGUUUGCUCUUGAAGUGGGUUCACUGGUCAUCACAUACUGACAGAGAUCUCAGUAGUUACAAUCUGCAUUGGCUUCCUAGCACUGCAGCAGAGUAAAAGAUAGUGUUUUUAAAUGCAGACUUUCCAGAUAUGCGUGUAGACUAAAAUAAGAGUUCACAUAAGGGGUCUCCAAAGCUAGCAUAGAAAUCUUGAAGCAAAACAGAAAUGUCACUUCUGUUGCAUUGAAGUAAAGUGGAAGUUUCCUAGACUUGGUAGGGUGGAUUAUUUAAAUUGAUAAUAUAUGUACUAGGUAGAAUUAAUAAACAUGGGCACUUUUAAUUAACAUUGAACUCUUUACUUGUAACUUAAACUGGAUGCAUACAUUCAUACAUACAGCCUACUCAGGUUGUUAAUCCAAGUGUCCUAUUCUACUACAUUGCCUUUUUUUUGUCUCCCCAUUCAACAGUCUGGUAACUUUGGUUCUGACUCCAGAGUUCAUAUCUUCAUUACAGUUCUCAGAUUCUAGUCACCUCCCACGUGCCACUGAUUGGACUCCAGGGAACCCAAACCAAGUGUCUUAGUCUUGGAUAAAAUGUACUUUCCAACUCCACUUCUUGUAGUCUAUAAAAUAAUGGGGUUCAAGGCAAGCUUGAAGUUCUUGCUCCUGCUUUAUAGCUUGGCUCUGGUCCCCUUACUGCUGGCUUGGUCUUGGCUUCCUGGCUGCAUCCCUCUGCUGGGUCAUCCUCUCUACUGCAGCUUCCAGCUGUACUCUAAUUCAAAGUAGUAUGUUUAGGAGUCAAAUCUGGAAAUAUAAAAUGGGGAAAUAACUGGCUAAGCAGCAGUGCAGCAGAAAAGAAUCUGGGGUUAGAUCGGAUCACAGACUGAAUAUGAGUCAGCAAUGUGAUACUGUUGGCGGAAAAAAAGGCAAAUCUCAUUCUGAAAUGUAUUAACAGCAGUGUUAUAUGUAAUACACAGGAGGUAAUUGUUAUGCUCUACUCAGUGCUGGUGAGGCCUCAACUGAUUACUGUGUCAAGUUUUGGGAAAAGCAGUUGGAGAAAGAUGUAGGCAAAUUGGAGAAAAUUCAGAGGGGAGCAACAAAAAUGAAAAGAGGUUUAGAAAGCAUGACUUUUGAGGAAAGGCUUAAGGAAUUCGGUUUGUUUCAUCUAGAAAAAAGGAGAAGAUGUAAGCCUGACAACAGGCUUCCACUGUGGAAAAGGUUGUUAUAAAGAGGAUUGUGAUCAAAUGUUUUCCAUGUCAAUGGGUGCAUCUACACAUCACCCCAUGGCGAGCUGACAAUGUGCUACAUCACUUUAUGGCAUUCUAUGGUGAUACAGUGAUCAUGGGGGUCUAUAUGUGAUCACCAGCCACAUCACUGUAGCAGUGUGCUUCCCCAGUAUAGUGCACUGCGAUGGUGAUGUAGCUGGGAAAUGUACCUGUGCACAGUGCUCACAGUGCAGUAACAGCCUGUACUGUGCCAUGGAAGUACUAAAGCACGGUGUCGUAGCAACAUUGCCAUACGGUGACGUGCAGGCACGGCCAGUGGUAUGUAAGACAAAAAAAAAGUUAGCUUAAUUUGCAGUAAGGAAGAUUUAAAUAGAUAUUAAGGGAAUUUUAUAACUGUAAGCACUGGAACAAGCCAUGUAGGGAGGUUGUGGAACCUCUUACAUUCAAGGUUUUUAAGAACAUUUUAGACAUACCAGUCCUGGGUGAUCAAAAUAUACUUCCCUAUAGCAGGGAGCAUGGAGAUGGAUAAAUGACCUUCAGAGGCCUCUACUAUCUCUGUUUUUUUCUGAUUUCAAGGGUAUAAGGCAGGGUAUUGCCCUAGAAGAGAUUUAUUGUUGUCAGAAAAAAAAUAAUGGCACAGACAGGCUGAUUAGUAACAGCCUCAUUGUGGGGCCCAGUGAAAGUCUCAUUUUUGUGAGACUCGUAUACCGCAAUGUUUUACACUUGGGCAAGCACUUCUCAUGUGAAGGUCAUGGGUAAUGGUAAACAGAAUCAUUAUUAAGAACCUCACCCCCUACUGCAGGCUUGAUGUUGACGAGAAUAAUGUGCACUGAAGAGGAACCGAAGCAGCAAUACCUUAUAUUUAGCAUGGGUAGGUCUGUAUUGUGGCUGCAGCAAGCUGUACUGUCUACAGUCAGGUCCUGUCUACUUAUUCCCACUUGCACCCUCCAAACCUGGAGAUAUACCAGUGGAGAUGCUUCGUGACAUCCCCCUGUUGCCACUUUAGAGACCUUGGCUUCUGGAGUGCUUGAGAGUGGCCACUGGGGACAGCCCUGGAGCACCCAUGCAGUAGCAUUUGGAUGGGCUGUGCUCAGGAACAGCCUGCCUGGGGCUUGCUGCUGCCACAGUGUAGACGUGCCUUAAGAUGCAGCCUCAGUCCUUUAAGGAAGCAAGCACCUAUAUGCAUCCUAUGUGACCCAAAGCCAAUAUUACCCUAAGCCAGUGCUCUUUGGCAGAGCUUCUAGAAGACCUAAAAGGAGAAUUAGUCUGGUUCAAGAGAGAAAACAUAUGAGCCAGGUCCUAUCCUUUAAAUGUGCUAUGAAAAAUGCUCAUCAUUAUUUCUGUUUUCUUCACUGCUUUGAUGGGAGAUAGUGGAGGUGCUGAACAGCUGAUGGAACAGUGUUGGCCUUUGAUAAGACACCUCUCUGGAAAAUGUGAAUAUAUGUGAGUCGCCUUCUUUUGGUGCUGCCCUAUCAUAUUACAGGAAGGCUGGGGUUUAGUUUUUUUUAUAUUGAGGUAUGUGUCCAAGGGAGAAGGUAAGGUUGAGGGUAGAAUCCAGGAUGCCAUAGAUCCAAAUAUCUUCUCUAAAGACCUUCCUGCCUUUUGAAAGUUCAAGGUGACAGUAUAGUCUCUGGAGAGAUGGUUCCUUCUUUGGGUUGCCUGGAACUUACCAGAGGAAGCUUUUUUGGCCAUACUGACUGCUUACCUUCCUACGCAUCAGAGUAGCCGAGUCCAUAGGGGCCUGAGGGCCCUGGCCCCCCUCAGGAA